CAUCAACCGCGAAUUGUCAAGACAAGAUUACAUCUCUGGACUCAUACCACCACCACUUUUCCUUGGACAUCCACCACGAACUGUGAAGACUGAGCAUCAUUCUCUCAAACUCACAACAGCUUCUCUUCUCUCUAGUCAUCCACUGCGAAUUGUCAAAACGGACACUCAGAUUCUUACGACUCAGAGCAUCAUACUCUCGAAACAUCCACCGAAACCUGUCCUGUCAAAGGAGACUUACAUUUUCGAUACUCAUACCAUCAUGGCUCCUACUCAUCCCACGCAGGCACCACUUCGCGAUGUCCCGCUGUGGUGCAUUGACCCAAGACUCCUUCAACAGGGAGCAACUACCACGCCUACUACAAACCCAGCACCGUUCAUGAGUGCUGCGGGUGUCGGUGCUCCUGGUGCUCCUGCUCCUGGUCCCGCUGCUGGUGUUGUUCCCCCUGGUCUCUCUGCUGCUGCUGUUGCUGCUGGUGCUCCUGGUGCCGCCCCUCCCUCUGCUCCCGCCUCUGCCGCUGGGCCCCCUGCCUCCGCCGCCGCCUCCGCCGCCCCGCCCGCCACCGCCGCCGAACGCGAAGCGCGUCGCCGCGAGCACAACAAGAAGCGCGACCAGGCUUCCCGCAGCGUCGAGGGCGACCUGCGGAAGGAGGCGUUCAAGAUGGUGGGCGCCGACAACGAGCCGGCGAAAGCCGACUCCAGCCAGGAGUCCCGGGGCGCCCGCCAAUGGCGGCGGUUGAUUGCGGUGUUGGAGGAGGUGGCUGCUCUGCGGAGCGAGAAUGAGGAUUUGAAGCGCCGGCUAGAGGCGGCUGAGAAGCGUGAAUAGUUUUUUUUUUGUCAGAUAGCACCAGGCUCCUCCUGCAUGUGGCAGGACGGACGCCCUGGCACAAUGGCAACAAUGGCGCCAGAGCGCGCGUCAUGCGCAAAUGGGCCUUUCUUCACUCGAUCAA